CCAUUGAACUGGUUAGUAAUCAAGCAAUAGCGUGCACUGCAGAGCCAAAUGAGUCCAGCUGCACCUCUCUGGACCUGAUUUUUAGGAUUAGGGCCUACCAUAACACUCUCUCUUCUUGCCAGUAUUUGGCUGUGAAACCUGAGCCAGGGCCAAAUAUAGCCCCACACAGUGAGCAGUUAGAGACCAGGACAGAUGGGACAGCAGGCCACUGCAGACGCAGUACGCAAUUGGACCCUGAACCUGAGAGAUCCUGCCGGCUGUUUGACCAAUAAGGUUGCUCUUCUGGAAAGAGAAGGUUCUUUUUGUCUCAUUCUUAUUUAAUUAACGGGACAAACCUGGAACCGCAAAACCAGGAGAAAGCCUUUGGACAGUUAGCGCACUUCCAGGAUGCAGGACGGGGGUUGGAAUCAGCCACUCCCCAUCUCUCUGCUGCUGAAGGACCCGGCAGAAGGCAGGACUUUGCAGGGUGACGGAGGUGUGUUUUCUGAGGCAUCCUCUGAUGGAGAACUCUACCUAGACUCAGUCACAGAGCUGGAUUCUGGAGAUGGGGACUUUGCUGAUCUUACUGCCUUCUUGAGUGCAGAAGAAAUUAACCGUAGCCUGGACUUGGCCCGGGAGGCCUUUGGUGACCAACCUGAAUCCGAAGAUCCAGGCCCCUCUGAUCCUACAUCCCAGGAGCAGGCUCUCCAACAUGUCCCCUCUCUUCCUGUGCCCCCCGAGACUACUGAAAACCUCACCAGAAGCCCAAACCUGCAGCACCAGACCAAAACCCCCUGCCUAGAUGACCAUGCAGCAGUUGAAGCCUUUUCCAGCCAUAAUGCACCCCUCAGCAAACCCGUAAAGGUGCCCAGUGAGGCUCCAUCCUCUGCUGAGAACAUCAUCCACCGCAAACCCAUCCAGCCAGUUUAUAAGCAGGAUAAACCCAGGCUGGUUCAUGAAGGUCUGGAGCUGAAUGAUCGGGCAGCUUCAGCCACAGAGUUCUGUAGCCGAGCUGCCACGUUCAUCGAGGAGCUGUCAUCCAUCUUCAAAGGUUCUGCUCAUUUGGAGCAGCAGGUGGAGGAGGACUCCUCCUCUCCUGAUAGUGGCUAUCUGUCUCCAAGGAGUCGACGGCCAGUUCCUCAGGGCUCAGCCUCUGCUUCAUCUCUGCCUCCCUGUCAGCAAGAGGAGACACUGUACAGCCAGCCAGCCAUGAGUCAGCCUGGAGGCUCGAUGGGAGCAGCAGCUUCUGCAAGCUACCAAAACUCUGGAGCUCCCGCCUCACAUGGACCGCUUUCUCCUCCUUGCUUCCUCCAGAAGCUGAAGAGUCAGGAGGUGGCAGAAGGAAGCCCCAUUCGUCUGGAGUGCAGAGUCAGAGGAAACCCCCUGCCGCUCGUAAGGUGGUUCUGUGAAGGCCGAGAGCUGCAUAACUCUCCCGACAUACAGAUCUGGAGGGAUGGUGACCUGCACACACUGGUGAUCAGUGAGGCCUUUGAGGACGACACAGGACGUUACACCUGCGUGGCUUCCAACAGUCUCGGAGCAGACAAUACGUCUGCUGAGGUUUACAUUGAAGGAGCUUCGUCAUCAGACUCAGAAGGAGAGGGAGCUGUGUCAAACUCCAGAUCGGGAGCCAUGCCUCAAGUUCAGAAGAAGACCACUUCAGUGUCCCUUACUAUACGCUCAGCAUCGCCCAAAACCCCAGAGGUCCUUCCUCAUCGCUCCACCCUGGUCCAGGCCCUGUCCCAGCCCCCACAGCGGAUGCAGAGCCCAGUGUCAUCACUGUAUGGUGGGGAGGUGUCAGGUCCUCCUGUUUUCACCAAGCUGUUGCAGGAUGCCCAGGCAUCCGAGGGCCAGGUAGUGGUUCUGGAGUGCAGGGUCCGUGGAAGCCCUCCUCUGCAGGUCAGAUGGUACCGCCAGGGAGAGGAGAUCCUGGACUCCCCAGAUUUUCGUAUUCUUCAGAAAAAGCCUCGAUCUGCAGCAGAGUCAGACGAGAUCUGCACCCUGGUUAUAGCCGAGGCCUUCCCUGAGGAUGGAGGUCUGUUCUGCUGCACCGCUUCCAACCCAUAUGGCUCCAUUAACAGUACGGCCCAUCUCGUCGUCACUGCAGCUGAGGACUCAUCCAGUAAUGGCAUGUCUGGUGAUAGCUCGGGGUUUGAGGAUGUGGCAGGCUUCCCCCCUCCUCCCCCACCCGCAGAAAUCAGCCUCCUACAGCUGCCACCCAAGAUGCUGGCUCAUCCCGGCACAGAGGCUUUCCAUAUGAAGGAGCUCGAGAUUUGGCCCAGUGUGUCAUCUCUGCCUCCAGUGCAGAUGGGCUCAGAGGUGGAGGACAAAGACAAAGGCACAGGGUCUCUACAGAAUGGCCAGCCCCUCAAUCCACCAUCACCACCAAGCCCACCUAAAGUAACCACACCUCCAUCUCCACCUCCACCUCCACCUUUCCCACAGUCUGACCUUUUAAGUGAUGCCCAAAGUCCAGCCCAGGUGGCACCAGACUCACCUCCAUCCCCAGGCAAGAUAUCUCCAUCCCCUGGGAAAGACGGUCCUCCGUUGCCUACAAAGCCUAAACCAAAGCUAGAUGAGAAUAUAGAGGAGGAGCCAGAAAAUUACAGGAACGCGUCCCAGCUGAAGCAGCUGCAGGACCAGAUUCUAUUGGAGCAGCAGGAAGCAGCUAACUGGCAGCAGCAGCAGCAGCAGAGCCAGGAAGUCCCGCCUUCAGCUCAGCAACCACCUCAGGAAGUACCUCCACCUGCUCCACCAUCUCCACCUCUCCCCCCUCCUCCUCCCUCCUUCCAGGAGUUGGAGAGCAACGCAGCCAUGCAGGCCAGCACCUUCAACUACGCCCGGCCCAAGCAGUUUAUUGCUGCUCAGAGCCCUGGUGGGGCGGGCUAUGUCUCCCAGUCCUCUGGCUCCUCAGGGUCCAGCCUGUCCUCCCCCUUGUCCCCUCCCACCUCACACAAGCCCUUCAGCAGGGUCAGUGUGCCCCCCUUCACCAAGGCAGGCAGUGUGGAGUCUCCAAGCUCUCCUUCCUUCCCGCCUCCACCUCCGCCCUUCCUCAGCUCCAGUAACCUGUCCUCUCCAUCAGGCCCUGCCCAAGACUUCCCUCCCCCUCCGCCUCCUCCCCCACCACCCAUCCCCUCAUCUCCAGCCUACUCAGAUAUGUCCUCGCCAUUCUCCUCUGUCCCUCCAUCUCCAGCCUCCAGCUUCCUGUCCUCAGUGUUGCCCUCCACACCUUCCUCGCCCAGCAGUCCAACAGUCAAUGCCCUGGGCCUUCCUAAAGGCAAUGGGACUGUCAAAGUGUUCCCCAAGAAGUCCUCAAUCACCAGGACACCUCGCAUCACCUCUGACUCGGACAUCCAAGGAUCCAAGGAUGCCGUCAUCCAGGACCUGGAGAGAAAACUGCGCUUUAAAGAGGAGCGCAUAAGCAAUGGUCAACAGAGGUUAACCUAUGAGGAGAAGAUGGCUCGCAGACUGCUGGGUGCUGACAACGCUGCCACAGUGUUAAACACACAGGACACAGAGGAGGAGCCAGUCACACAGGAAGACAAGUGGUCUGAUAGACAAUCAUUCCCUCAAAAGGAAUACAAAGUGUCCAGCUUCGAGCAGCGCCUCAUCAGCGAGAUCGAAUUCCGUCUGGAGCGUUCUCCGGUGGAGGAAUCAGAUGACGACGUGCAACACGAUGAAAACUCCGCCGGCAAGGGGGUGGCACCAUCCUUUGACCAGAAGCUCAAACAUUACAAAGUCUUUGAGGGGAUGCCGGUCACCUUCUCCUGCAAGGUCAAAGGAGACCCCCAACCAAAGGUCUACUGGUUCAAAGAUGGUAAGCAAAUCUCCAAGAGGAGCGAGCACUACAGGAUCAGCCGCGAUGCCGAUGGGACCUGCUCUCUGCACACUGCUGCAGCCUCACUGGAUGACGAUGGCAACUACACCAUCAUGGCAGGCAACCCUGAGGGCAGGGUGAGCUGCACCGGCAGGAUGAUGGUCCAGGCAGUGAACCAGCGAGGCCGUAGCCAGCGCUCCACACCCGGACACAUGCGCAGGCCCAGGUCCAGGUCUAGAGACAGUGGCGAUGAGAACGAUAACAUCCAAGAGCGUCACUUCCGCCCCCACUUCCUGCAGGCGCCCGGUGACCUCAUCGUUCAGGAGGGCCGACUGUGUCGGAUGGACUGCAAGGUGAGCGGCCUGCCCACCCCUGACCUCAUCUGGCAGCUGAACGGACAGACCAUCCGCCCCGACUCGGCCCAUAAGAUGCUGGUGAGGGAAAACGGCGUACACUCACUGGUCAUCGAGCCGGUGACCAGCCGCGACGCAGGCAUCUACACCUGCAUCGCCAGCAACCGAGCCGGGCAGAACUCCUUUAACCUGGAACUCAUUGUUGCAGCCAAAGAGAUGCACAAGGCCCCUACGUUCGUUGAGAAGCUGCAGAACACAAGUGUUGCUGAGGGUCAUCCUGUGCGACUGGAGUGUCGUGUCGCGGGGGUUCCCUACCCACAAAUCUUCUGGAAGAGAGAGAAUGAGUCAUUCACCCACAACACGGACAGAAUCAGCAUGCACCAGGAUAACUGUGGCUACCUGUGCAUGAUCAUCCAGCCGGCUAUGAAAGAAGAUGCUGGCUGGUACACUGUGUCAGCCAAGAAUGAAGCUGGCAUUGUGUCCAGCACUGCACGCCUGGAUGUCCACACUCAAUGGCAGCAGCCAAACCUCCCCAAGCCCAAGAAGGUGCGUCCCUCCACCAGCCGCUACGCCGCGCUGACAGAGAGAGGGCUGGACGUGAAGGCAGCCUUCUUCCCCGACUCCAGCCCACUGCAGCCCGGUGGCCUGGUGGAAAGUGACGACCUGUAGAUGCCACAGGGAGGCGUGAGGAUUGCGACGUUGCCCCCAAAAAACCCUGACAGCUGUCCCUGCUCCCAGCACUCCUGAGACAAAUGUAACCGAGGGACAGAACUAAAGGGUCGGUGGGCAGAGUGAGCUGGCGCAGCCACGGUUUUCAUAUGUCUUUAUAGUAUGACACAACCCACUAUAUUACAGAAUUCAUCAAGUUGCUUCAUUUUAUCAACUGGACCUGGAAAAUGAUUGAAAGUGUUUACCACAAAGAAAGACUAUUCAUACAUCUGCUCUCUCAUGUUUCAUGAUCUGUUUUGCAUAGGGUUGUCUUUUUAAGUGCCUUUCAUGUCUUUAAAGAUAAAGAAAAAACAUAGAAUUACUAUGCAUGUUCAAGUGGUGCCAUUUGAAAUACACAGACUAAUACUGUAUCUAUACGUAAACACUGCACCCACUUUGUGUAGAAGUGGGACAUCCCGGAGGAAAGACUUCAAAAGAGACUGAAUGACUCAAAGCAUUGUAGCUUUGACGAAGGAGAUCGCAAACGUUUAUUACGUGGGCUUGUGUAGCACAGCGCUGAUAUUUGCAGUAUGUGGUUAUAGUUGGAGUAUGAUACAGUCUCAGUUUUGUCAGGUCGUAGAUUAGCUUGCAGGUAGCGGAAAAGGCCGGGCCUUAAAAAACAGUACGUUUAGCCUUGUUUCUUUUUCUUUUUUUUUUCUUUUUUUUUAGCGAAAGCAAUGAAGUUUGGAGAAAAAUGAACGCUCACGCACGGAUGUUUUGUUUGUUUGUGGGAGCAGCAGCAGGAAGGUCGGAUCUAACAGACAGGAAGGGACAGCGAUGUGGGAAAAAAAGCAGGUUUUUUUGAUGAACAGGUUUACCGUGGAUAGAUAUGAGUGACUGUGGCAGUGGUGAUGACAGAAAACCCGGUGAUGGUGGGUCGUUUUGGUGAUUUUUUUUUUUCCUUCUUUAAUGGUUUAUUUAAAAAAUGGUGUGAAUUGAAAUUCUCACUCAGAGAGGGUGCUGUGAAAGGUUUCAGUGUAUUUCUCACACACAUCACAGAUUAUUUUUGUAUGAAAAACAAAUAAGAUUUUUCUUUCCCGACAAUCUUGACAUAAAUUAUAUCAGCAACCUUUUGUUCACUGAUGAAACAAUCUUUUCUGUAUCAUAAAGUUUUAUAAAUGUAUUUACUGCCUUACAUCACUUUUAGGCUUAAUACAAACACAACUUCUUUGCAUGUUAUUUUUGGACACUUGUACAGUGCCAAACAACUUUUUUUUCCCAGGAUGUAUAAAAACAGGGGUAGAAGACACUCUAAGGAAAGUCAAAGGCAAGGUAUAUUUAUAUCUACUAUUUUCACCACCUCUGUAAUACUAUACAAAGCGGACAUUCUUUUCUGUGUCUGUUCGGAGCUUGCAUCAGCUGACAGUUACUGUGUUUGCACAUUUCUAUGCCAAUCAAUGCCUGUAUAUGGAUUGUUCUCCUGAUAUUAUUUUAGGUUAUGAAAGUUAAUAAAAAUCAAACU